UUUUGCUGGGGUAACACAGUACUGUAAAGUGUGAAUGAGAGCGUGACUUCAGUUCAAGAAGGAGGAGAAGCUCGGAGUUUAUCUCACACACACACACACACGCACACAGGCACGCACGCACGCACAGAGGAAUGCUAUUUAAACACCGCACGCUAUGACCACGCUGACACCACGGUGCACUUUUUCACACCGCAUCUCGAUAAGCUCUCACAAAAAACAACACAAAAAAACAAGAAACACUCCGUAGCCUUCUGCACAUUCGCUUCUUCUUUCACGUAAGAGCACAAGUAGAAAAGGGCAGUGCGCGCAGCCUCUCCGACCGAAGUGUGUGUUGACGAGAAGAAAUGAGAAGUGCCGGGUAUCACCGUCUCUGCUCGACGCUGGUGCUCAGUUCAGCUUUCCUGUUUGUCACUCCUUCGGAAGAAGACAUUUCCAGUGCCAGUAGCCUUUUUGGCAAUAUUUUGGAACCUAUCUGGGGCUUCAAGACAGCCCAUGCCAAAUUUUCUCUGCGGAGACCAUUGGACCCAACUGAUGAUAUUUGUUAUAUUGUUACUGGGAGUCUGGAGUCCCUCAUUAAAUGCAACUUCAAUGCAACCUCCAAAACUUUUCUGGUGAUCCAUGGAUGGACGGUGACUGGAAUGUUUGAAAGCUGGGUUGGCAAAUUGGUGGCAGCGCUCUACAAGAGAGAGCCCAGUGCCAAUGUCAUUGUAGUUGACUGGCUCAGCACUGCUCACAACCAUUACACAGUUGCUGCUCAGAACACAAAGCGGGUGGGAGAAAAUGUCGCACACUUCAUAACCUGGAUGAAGGAGGCUACUGGUUUGUCUCUUGAGAGUCUCCACCUUAUUGGAUACAGUCUUGGGGCCCAUGUUGCUGGAUUUGCUGGGAGUCAUGUGUCGAAUAAAAUUGGGAGAAUUACAGGUCUUGAUCCCGCUGGACCUGACUUUGAAGGAGAAAAUGCUCAUCGACGCCUAUCCCCAGAUGAUGCUCAUUUUGUGGAUGUGCUCCAUACCUUCAGCCGAGGCUCUCUGGGACUCAGCAUUGGCAUCCAGCAGCCUGUGGGCCAUGUGGACAUUUACCCCAAUGGGGGCAGAUUCCAGCCAGGGUGCAACUUGCGUGGAGCCUUGGAAAAAAUUGCCAAAUUUGGGAUAUUCGCCGUGAGCGAUGCAAUAAAGUGUGAGCAUGAGAGAUCCGUCCACCUGUUCAUCGAUUCGCUGGUGAAUGAACGGGAGGCCAGCAAAGCCUACAGCUGUGGCAGUAGUGAAAUGUUUGAUCGCGGCGUCUGCCUCAGCUGCCACAACAAUCGGUGCAACACUGUAGGUUACGGUAUCACCAAAACUCGCAAAGCCCGUAGCGCCAAGAUGUUCACGAAAACUCGAGCUUCAAUGCCUUUCAGAGUUUAUCACUACCAGUUAAAGAUUCGUUUCUCUAGUACUGUGAACCACUCUGAGCUGGAGCCAACUCUCACAGUUUCUCUAUAUGGAACCAGUGGGGAUACUGAGCAUCUUCAACUGAACGUAAAAGAGAAGAUUUCAACCAACAGGACGCACUCUUUUCUACUGGUGACUGAAAAGGACAUUGGGGAAGUGCUCAUGAUGAAGUUCAAGUGGGAAGAUUCCAAUGGCUGGUCGUCUUUCUCCCUGCGGAAGUCAUUGUCUGCCUGGUGGUCAGGCAACUCUGCUGCUAGUGCUGACAUUCAAGUUCACAAGAUCUGGGUUAAAGUUGGAGAGACACAGAAAAAGAUAGUGUUUUGCCUGAAAAACCCCAGCAUAGCAAAUUUAGCACAAGAAAUUGUAUUUGUGAAAUGUAAGGAUGACUGGAGGAACCCUUCAAAGAGGUACGGUCCAAAGAUACAAUAAGGAAUGUCAGGAAGUACCUACAGCAACCUUCUGUGCCUUCUUUGUUUCUCUGCAAAAGCACUUGGAAUAUCUAUCAUCUAACCAGCUAUAACAACAUAUGGAUUGUUUCUUGUUUUUCAAGAAAGCAACUGAAAUUUUAUGUGUAUUCUGUACAGUAUAAAUAUAGUGUGCACACAAUAUAUAUAUUCUAUAUAGGACUUUUCAAGGAAUUGCUUUGGGCCCUUUAAUUAGGGAAGUGAGCCUCCCAUAGGUCUUCUAACAUUAAAUGCCAGAUUUUUGGUACAGAUGGUUCCCACUCUGUGCUGCCUAAUAUGGAUGGAAAGUGCAUUUUGUGACAAAACAAUUCAUACAAAGUCUAUUUUUCCCCAAAGAAAUAAUGGAAAAUGCUAUUGUGAAUCAAUGUGACAUAAUUAACCAAAUGAAAAGUGCACAGAUUUGUAGUUUUUCAUAUUUUUUCUGGGGGUGUCAAAGUUGUUUGGUCAACUUUUAAAGGUACUUGAGUGUUUCAGUUUCUGAGCAGCUGAUCACUGCAAGCAAUGAAAUUGUGAAAGGUACAAAAAAAUGUAUUUCAUGACAAUUCUUGAUAAUGAUGUGAUAUGUAUUGGGACAACAGGUUUACCCCUUAAACUGUGAAAUAAUUCUGAAAAAGAAUGUUGUGAUUUACAGUACAGAGUGAAAGACUUUGGUGUACACACCAGGGUAUUCCUGUGCGUUAAGUCAGCAACAAAUCCUUUACUGUACACGGAUUGUUGGCUUUUCAGUCCCAGGGCUUGUGGAACUGAAGAGCUUUAAUUUGUGUACCUCACUUAGUGAGCUGAGGACCUGUCAUAAUUUUUAGCAAGAUGUAAUUUGCAGUCUCUCUAAAAAGAAUGUUAAAAUAAGUUGUUGCUUCAUCCAUAAUGUAAAUUGUAUGAAUCUUUUCAUGUUUGUCUGGUACCAGUGAGCUGGGGCAGCAGCUACAGAAUCCCCAAUACCGCUGUAGUGCCUCUCUUCAAGUUACCGACCCUGAAUUGCAGGGACUUUGCAUGGGUUCCCUCAGGGUGCUCCGGUUUCCUCACACAGUCAAAUUACAUGUGUUUCAAGUGAAUUAGUCACACUAAAUUGCCCUUAGUGUGUAUGUGAGAGGGGAAAAGCUUGAAUAACUGCUCUGCAGUUGGCUGGUGCCUCGUCCAUGGUGUGCCGUAACUCACACCCUAUCUUCCUAGAUUAAGUUCAACAUAAAAAACAGUCUAGAAAAAGCAUAAAACCGUUAAAAUUUAUUUCAUGCUGAUGUUCAUCUGAAUUGCAUAACCCAUUCAUGAACAAAAUAGUCUUUAAAACAUUUUUUAAAAAUAUUUUCUUGAAUUUUGUUCUGCAAUUUGUGUUUGUGCUUGAAAUUCAGAUGCCAAUGGGCAAGAUUACUAAAUGAGGGGAAAGUGCACCAAAUCUACUGCCAGUUUUGUUGUAAUUCCAGUGGAAGUCAGUAUUGCCUUAGAGGGCUCUGUGCUGCAAUUGGUUUCUUAAUUGUUGUUUGUUCUGUUUGCUCUGGAAGUUGCACCCUCAGUACCCAAAGAUUUAAAUUUAAUUGUUCUGAUUUUGUUUUUCUGUUUCUGUUAAAAACAUGAAAAUCGAUUAUAAACUAUAUACAUUGUAACAUAUACUUGAUAAGAAAACGUUAAGAAAACGUUGUGCCAUUACAAACUAUCAUUGUGCUAACUCGUGACUGUUAGUACAGGAAAAUGGUUGUUGUGAUUAAUGUUUAGAAACAGGGGAAUGCGCAAAAUUAUAAAGUUAUUGUAUGCAGUUAUUAAGACCUUCCUGUACUGCAAAAUAUGUAGACUACAAAAUAGAUUUUGCCUUAAUGUGAU